AUAUUUAUCUAUUGUGAGUGGGCGUUGUUUGUGUUGGUAGGUGUGGCUCGAUGAUGAGUGAAGACCUAAGACAAGCGCUUACUGAGCUCAAUGAAGAUUACAGUAGAAAGAUAUCAUGGCAAAAAUCCUUCAUGAUAUGCAUCAAAAUACUUGAGCUGAUUCUUGCUUGUGGCUCCAGUGGAUUCUGUAUAGCAAUACUUGUUAUUGCUACUAAUGUAUUGGAAUCAGAUGCAGUUAAAGUGAAGCAUUAUUUGAUUGGAGUCCUAUGCAUCUCAAUACUUCAGAUAUUAAUUGCUAGCUUUGGAAUUGGUAGCAUUCUAGUGCACCACAUAUAUACUUAUGCUGCAUACUGUAUUCUAACACUUGGACUCUUACUAUCAUUCCUAUCAAUGACUAUAUUCCUUUAUAUUGAGGCA